GGCGGCGGCGUGUGGGUUUCGCACGCGAGUUUGUUUGGAUUCCCACGCGGCACUGGGUUCUUUGACAGAAACGAGAGGGAAAUUAACACAUUAUUGUCGAACAUAAACACGACAACAAUGGGCAAAAAGGGCAAGAAAGAAAAUAAGGUGAAGGGCGCGGAGAAGACCGCGGCCAAGAUGGAGAAGAAGGUUUCAAAGAGGUCCAAACGAGAAGAGGAGGAUUUGGAGGCUCUGAUUGCCGAGUUUCAGAAUCUGGAUGCCAAGAAGACGCAGGUUGUGGAGUCGACAUGUCCUCCCCCAUCACCGAGGCUGAGCUCGUCUCUCUCUGCUCAUCCCGAGAAAGAUGAACUCAUUAUGUUUGGAGGAGAAUUCUUCAAUGGAAAGAAGACCUACCUGUACAAUGACCUGUUUUUCUACAACAUCAAGAAAGACUGCUGGGUGAAAUCAGAGAUUCCCGGCCCUCCUCCGCCUCGCUGCUCUCACCAGGCGGUGGUUGUUCCCCAGGGUGGGGGCCAGCUCUGGGUGUUUGGGGGAGAGUUUGCGUCUCCGAAUGGGGAACAGUUCUACCACUACAAGGACCUGUGGGUGCUGCACCUUGCCACACACACCUGGGAGAACAUCAAAGCGCCUGGUGGUCCGUCAGGACGCAGUGGUCACCGGAUGGUCCUCAGCAAGAAGCAGCUGCUGGUGUUCGGAGGUUUCCAUGAGAGCACAAGGGAUUUCAUCUAUUACAACGACGUCUACUCUUUCUCCCUGGACACUUUUACCUGGUCCCGCCUCACUCCAUCAGGCUCCGCCCCCUCCCCGCGCUCGGCCUGUCAGAUGACGUCCACGCCCGACGGCACGGGUGUGAUCAUCUAUGGUGGAUACUCGAAAGUGAGAGUCAAGAAGGACGUGGAGAAGGGAACCAUCCACUCUGACAUGUUUCUGCUGAAGCGAGAUGGUAGAGACGGCCAUGAGAAGUGGUCCUGGUCCAGGGUGAGCCCCUCAGGGAACAAGCCUCCUCCUCGCUCCGGCUUCUCUCUGGCGGUGGGCCCAGCAGGGAGGGCGGUGCUGUUUGGCGGCGUCUGUGACGAGGAAGAGGAGGAGACGCUGGAGGGCGACUUCUUCAACGACCUGUACCUCUAUGACACGGUCAAGAACCGCUGGUUCCCCGGACUGCUGCGAGGAAACAAGACCGAGAAGAAGAAAAGACGAAGGGGGAAGAAGAGCGGCGCGGAGGGGGAGGGAGCAGAGGAGGGGGAGGAAGGGGAGGAGGCGGCGUCCCGAGGACCCACUGAGGUCAUCAAGGAGAUUGUCACGGAGGACGGCACGGUGAUGACCAUCAAGGAAGUGAUCCCCGGAGAUCAGGAGGAGGAAGAGGAGGAGGAGGAAGAAGAAGAAGAGGAGGAUGGUUCUGCGUCUGCUAACCUGGUGGAGCCGUGCCCGAGGUCCAGCGCCAUGGCAACGGUGCGCCAGGGCAAGCUCUACCUGUACGGAGGGAUGUUUGAAGUUGGCGACCGCCAGUUCACCCUCAACGACUUCUACUGUCUGGACCUGCAUAAGAUGGACCAGUGGGAGACGCUGGUGGAAAUGGAUCCAAAGACGCAGGAGUGGCUGGAAGAGUCUGAGUCAGAGGACGACGAAGAGGAGGGCGAUGCGGUAAAAGGAGCAGAGGGAGAGGAAGCGGAGGAGAAGGAGUCAGAAGAGGAAAGCGAGGAUGAGGAAGAUGAAGACGAGCACCCAGCCGUGCAGGAGGGGGAGACGGUGACGGAUUACCAGAGCCGCACAGAGCAGUACUGGAUAGGAGUGGCGCGAGCUAACAUGGGCCCCGACGCCAAGGACAAAAAGGUCGCAAAGGUCGCCGUCACCAUGGCGAAAGUCUUCUAUGAAGACCAGUAGUGGGACAAGGCAGACUGAGUGUAUGUGUGUGAGUGAGUGUGUAAAAUAUCUUUUUUCUAAUGUGACCUGAAUGAACGAUGUUAACUUUUAUAAACCAAAACAAGAACGAUCUUCCAGCUGAAUUUAUGAACUACUUUUAAUUUCUUAUCAGUACAUUUAGGUAUAAACCAUGUUUUCUCCACCUCAAUAAAAUAUAUAUUACUGUGCCAAAGCAUAAGCUGGAAACACA